AUGCAGUGCAAAGAACCAUGUCCACAAAUGGUUGAGUUGACUCCUAGAUUUCAACUGUACAUGUACAUCUAUCACCACCUGAUUCAACAAGCUGUUUCUAAACCAUCGUUUAAAUCAGUUGCCUCAUACUUGCUUAACUACUUCUACACUAAUGGCAAACUGCUAGGAAUGAACCUGACAGGUGCCAAUGGCAAGCCCCACCCUCACAAAGAUAUCCUUGAAAGCAUCAUAGGUUUGGUUAUGAGAGAAAAGGCAAAUACCUGCCCAUCCCCAUCAGCCAUUAAGAUUGCCUUGUGCAAUAGGCUAAGUGGACUGGAAUCACAAAAAUCUGGAAAGAAUUAAAACUGUGAAACCUAUUACUAGAUACCAUGUUAUUCAGAUAACAAACCCAGGACUAAUUAUCAGAAUGUUGUGAGAACUUCAUUUCAGAGAAACAUCAAAAAAAUUGCCAGAAAACUCAAUGGCUCAAAAAAGAAACAAAAGUCUUGUAAAUUAUUGUUAACGUUACAGUCAAUGCAUGUUGUAGAAUUUUGAUUACGAAAAAAGAAAGAUCCCGCAUUGCAAAUAAUUUAUUAAUUCUUCACCUUGAAAAAAGUCUGCAUACGAGCCAAGUGGCCC